CAUUGGCAUGGCAGCCACAGCAAGUGAUGCAGGCCCUGAAGAAUUUCCCAUUCCCAUGCAAGGCGAGGAUGUUCGGACUGAUUAUGACUUCUAAGUCAGUCCACACUCUGACACUGUCAGACAUUAAACUUGUGGCAGCCAUUGGCAACCUGGGAACUCCUCCAGCCUCCGGCGUGGUCGACACGGAGAAAACUCACAGUAUAGAGAAUGAGCCACAGCAAGCCUGCAUGGCAGUCACGACAGUUCUUUCAGAAAUCAUCAGACAUUUCAAACCUUCUGUUCUGAUGCCCGUGUGCUCUCCUGGGAAAAGUGGCAUAGACCACAGUACUGCCGAAGACUUGUGGAUUCAGGCUAAAGAGCUGGUGAGACAUUUGAAAGAGAACCCGCAACUUGACUUUGAGAAUGACUGGAAACUCAUCAAUGUGUUCUUCAGUAACACAAGCCAGUGUCACCUGUGUCCCUCUGCUCAGCAGCCCAGCACCCGAGCUUCGCAAUUGCUCGGACGAGACAACCAAGUUGUCCAAGGUUGUUAUGCAGUGGUCCUAUAA